UGUGUGUAUGUGCGUGUGUCUGCUCUGCUGUUGCUGCCCUUUGAUCCCUGCAUUAGUGUUAGUUAGGGGCUCGGAGACACACUUGCACCGAGAGCAGCCAUAGUCAAGACACGGCAACAACAACAGCGGCACCUCCUCCGCCUAUGUUCCUAUUCCCAACAAUACACUUUAAACCGAGCAAAGCCAGGUGCACGACCAAGUCCCUGCCAUCACUCGCGCCCGUAGUCUCAAUGGGAAAAAACCUUUUUUCUUCUUAUCCCUAAAACAAGGACGAGAAUGUGAUAAAAAGGGGGGAAAAUGCCAAGGAGGAAGCAGGAGCAGCCCAAGCGCCUGCCUUCACAUGUGGACAGCAAUGAGGACGGCGGGCCCGACGGCAGUCCCCUGAAAGAGGAGAGCUGGUUCGGCAACGCCUCGGACACACGCUCCGAGUCGUCGUCCUACGGGGACGGCCAGGAAGAGCUCCUCCUACCGCACGGCUCCUCCCCCGACGACCGGCCAGGGGCCGUAGCCGGCGGCGACCAUGACACCUCGGGGGGCGAGAGCUCUUCGCUGGGCUGCCCCACGCCCGUCCACCGCGCCUCCCUGGAGUUCCUGGGGCUGGACGGAGGGGCCUUCUCGGCCCAGGACACCCUGUCCUCGGUGGUGUCCUCUCUGUACGGCGAGAGCGCGUCCCAGGCGCUGGGGAAACCCCUCAGCAGCAACCUGCGCCGCCUGCUGGAGGCUGGCUCUCUCAAGCUAGACGGCGAGCUGCUGUGUCGCUCGGCGAGGGGCGGGCCCGGGGGGGACUCCCCUCCCAUCGGCCUGGUCCCGCCCCUCACCCUCUCGCCGUCCUCCCACCAUGCCCAGCAGCUCAGCGCCCUCGCCCGGAAACUAGCCGGCGCCGGGGGAAGCAACAACAACAACAACCACCAUCUCCAACACCACCACCACCACCACGGCAGCUCAGCCUCGGGGUCCCCCGCCUCCAUGGCCGCCUCCGUCAAGCAGGAGCCCCUGGACCCCUUCUCCUCCGUCACCCCCAGCAACGGCAGCGGCGGCGGCGGAGGAGGGGGCUUCGUAUGGGCGGGGGUGGCGGACAAGUGGCCCCCUUUGGGCUGCUCGGCCCCAGGGGGCUCCAGUCUGUCCCCGGACUCGGCCAUCCAGAAGCUGAAGGCGGCGGCCAACGCCGUGCUGCAGGACAAGAACGCCUCGCUGUCCUCCUCCUCCUCCUCCUCCUCUACCUCGGCCUCGUCCGCCGUGGCCAGCCUCGUGGGGGGAGGGGCGGGGGGCCGCGGGGAGGACGUGGUGCGCUUCGACGCCUUCACCUCGCCCUUCAGCCCGCAGUCUGCCAGCUCCACCCUGGCGGCCCUCUCCAAGAAGGUGAGCGAGCGGAGCCACGCGUCGUUGACGGGCGGCGGCGGCGGUGGCAGCGCCGUCAGCGCUGGCGCCGACCACCAGACGUCGGCCAGCUCUUUCCUGUCGCUGGUCUCCAUGACGUCCUCGGCUGCCUUGCUCAAGGAGGUGGCGGCCAGGGCCGCCGGCAACCUCCUAGCCGAGAAGAAGGAAGGGUCCCCAGUGCCGAGCGCGGGCCUGCUCCAAGAGGACGUGAAGCCCCUGCUAGACAGGAACCAGAAGCCCCCCACGCCCUCAACACCAACCCAGGGACUCGAUCUGCUGCUGCCCUUCACACCCAAGGCGAGAGGCAAAUCCAGCAGCCAAGCAGGGUCACCGGAGGAUGGCGGCAAGCCGUUCCAAUGUCCUGUGUGCGGGCUGGUCAUCAAGCGCAAGAGCUACUGGAAGAGACACAUGGUAAUUCACACAGGCUUGAAAAGCCACCAGUGUCCACUGUGUCCCUUCCGCUGUGCUCGCAAAGACAAUCUCAAGUCUCACAUGAAGGUCCAUCAGCACCAAGACCGUGGCGAGACGUUCCAGUGUGAACUCUGCCCCUUCACCUCCUCUCGCCACUUCAGCCUGAAGCUCCACAUGCGCUGCCACCAGCACUUCCCCCGCUCGGACCUCAAGGUCAAGGAGGAGGUGACCACGGACACGGAGGGCGAGGGCUCCCUGAUGGGGGACAGCAUGGCUGACAUGCAGGCCUCCUCCCCGUUGCUGUCGGCGACGGGGGACGGGAGGCUGCAGACGUCGCCGUGCGUGGACGCCUCCACGAACCACGUGCACAUCAAGGAGGAGCCUCAGGAAAGAGACCUGUCUGUGCUUUCUCCCUUCACCAUGUGCAACAAGGAGCUCCCGGCCGGGCUUGGCCUGGCCAACUCCCUGGACCUCUCGGGGGUGGGGGCGGGGAUGAGGUCCAGUCCGGGGGGUCCGGCCACGCCCUCGCUUUUCAGCGGGGACAUCAGCAGCAAGACGGCCACGGACCUGCUUAUGAAGCUAUCAGCUGCCAAUCAGAGAGAGGCUCUGAAGUCCCCGUUCCACCUGAAGGUGGAGCCCCGGUCGGAGGAGGUCUUAAGCCCCAGGCCGGCCUCCCUCUCCCAGGGUCAUGCUCAGCCAGGCUUCCCCCUCUCCGUCCUCUGCCAGGAGGGUCCCAAGGCGGCCGUAGGGGGGGGAGUGGCCGAUCGCCCAGCCGGGCCCCUGAAGCCACGGGAGGGAAGCCCCAUGGUAAAGAGCAACCUGCUGAACCAGGACAUCAGCAUCAAAGUGGCCUCCGAGUUGUUGAUGAAGCUAUCAGAGAACAACAAGGACUCCCAGUAUCAUAAGGUGUCGGUGAAGGCGGAGCCUAUGGAGGUGGACCCCGUGCCUACAGACCUGGCUCCUCCCCCAUCUCACCUGCUGGCCUUUGGCGCUAUGGGGGCGAACGAGAAGAGGGAGCCAAUGGCCAGUCUGCCUGAAGCACUGCCCCGCCCCCAGAAAGACCUCUUCUCGCAAGACAUAUCGGUGAAAAUGGCAUCGGAACUGCUCUUCAAGUUGUCAGAAAAAGUCAGUAAAGCCAACGACCACAAUAAAGACAGUAACAUGGGACUAAACAGUCCCUUCCUGGAUGAACGCUUCAGACAAUCACCCUUUAACUUGCGCUCCAAGAGCUCCUCCCCCGCCGAGGCCAGCUCCUCCGCCAGGACCGCCUUCCACGACUCUGAGAAGUGUGUGGGGGAGCAAGGGAAUGGCAUUGCCCAGUGGGGUCUGAACGAGCAGCUCUUCCCCUGUCCUGUGUGUGGCAAGGUGUUUGGCCGACAGCAGACCCUCUCCAGACACAUGUCUCUACACACAGAAGAGAGGAAGUAUAAGUGUCACCUGUGUCCUUACGCAGCCAAGUGCAGAGCCAACCUCAACCAGCACCUGACCAUCCACUCGGUCAAGCUGGUCAACACAGACACCGAGCAGAUCGUCACCGCGGUAACCGCAGAAUCUGCCGACCGCAAGAACUGCGCCUACUACUACAGCUGCCAUGUGUGUGGCUUCCAGACGGAGCUCAACGCCCAGUUUGUCAGCCACAUGUCGCUCCAUGUGGACCGGGAGCAGUGGAUGUUCUCGCUGUGCUGCAGCGUCUGUGACUACGUCUGUGUGGAGGAGAACGACAUGAAGAACCACGUCAGUGCUGGCCACGCGGGUCUGAUUUCCCGGAGUCCCCUGAGCGAAACCAAGAGCACCUCCUCCUCCCUCUCCGCCCUCAGCGAUUCGCUCAACAGCUCCGAGGGCAGCGACCUCACCCACAGCACUGAAGAACUCAAGAACCUGCUAGCCCCGCCUUCUUCUGCAGGGAGCCAAUCCAGCUCCGGAAGCCACUCCGGAUCAGGAACAGAGGAGAAGUCGGAGAAAGGCUUUGAGUGCGUCUUCUGCAACUUUGUCUGCAAGACGCGCAGCAUGUACGAGCGCCACCUCCAGAUCCACCUUAUCACGCGCAUGUUCGAGUGCGACGUGUGCCACAAGUUCCUCAAGACGCCAGAGCAGCUGCUGGAGCACAAGAAGUGCCACACCGUCCCCUCCGGAGGACUCAAGUGCCCCCUCUGCAUCUACUCCACCAGUCGCCCAGCAGCCAUGGAGUGCCACCUGAAGAUUCACUGCAAGGUGGAGUACCGCUGCCGCAUCUGCCAGGCCCUGUGGGCCGACCAGGCCUCGCUGGACGCCCACGUGCGCGCCCACCGCCUGGGCAACCACUACCGGUGCGAGCGCUGCGGCUACCUCUCCAAGACGGCCAACAAGCUCAUCGAGCAUGUGCGCGUGCACACGGGCGAGCGGCCCUUCCACUGCGACCGCUGCGCGUACAGCUGCAAGCGCAAGGACAACCUCAACCUGCACAAGAAGCUGAAGCACGCGCCGCGCCAGACCUUCGGCUGCGGGGAGUGCCCCUUCUCCACCACGCACCCCUUCGUGUUCAGCCGCCACCUCAAGAAGCACCGGGCCGGAGGGGCAGCGGGGGGGGGAGGGGAGGAGGACGAGGAGGAGGAGGGGGGGCCGGGGGGCGGCGGGGAGACGGGGCAGCCCCUGGAGGGGACGUCGCUCGGCGGAGGGCCGGCGUCCAAGCGGCGGAGCCACGAGGCGCUCCUCUUCGGGGCCGGCGGGGGGGGCGGCGGCGGCGGCAGCAGCGGGGGCAGCGGGAGCAGCAGCCCACUGUCCAGCCUGACCGCCUCCCAGGCCCUGCAGUCCGUGGCCCUGUCUCUCACGCUGGGCAGGUCCCCCCACCCGCACCACCACCCGCACCACCGCCCGACGGAGCACCCGCUCCCCGCCGGCCCCCACGGCCCCACCACCUCGGGCCGAGGCCCGGCCGCCCACAGCCCCGGCGCCCCCCCCACCUCCCUCCUCUUCCCCUCCUCCGCCCAGCCGGGGUUUGAGCAGUACAGGAACUGCGACCGCGCCUACCUGAUCCCCCUCACCACCCUGUUCACCCAGAACAGCCGCCGCCUCACAUUCCACGCCAGGUCGCUGCCCCUCCUCUUCUCCUCCUCCUCCUCCUCCUACACCACCUCCUCCUCCCCCUCCGCGCCGCCACCGCGCUCCCCUCUGAGCCCCGCCUCCCAGAAACACUCCUUCCUGGCCUACCUGGGCCUCGGGGAGCGGGCCAAGACCGUCUGACCUGCCGCUCCUGCCCUGGUUCCCCUCCCGGACUGCCCCUGGCGCCCCCUCAGACAGCGUGGUGUGAAUGACCCCUAACUGACUGCCAUGGCAGGGACUUGUUUUUUUUCCAAUCAGACCAGCAAAAUAAGCUGGACCAGGCAAACUAAAACAAACUGAUACAAGGAAAGACAGAAAAAGAGAAACAUUUAUGAGAGAGAGAAAAAAGCUGUAUGUGCUCAAAAAAAAUGCAUUUAUAUUAAAAAAAGCUGCUUUUCUUAUUAGUUCUACGAUUGAAAUAUAACUACUACUACUACUCCUCCUGUUGUCUUUUCAACUUCUGAAUGACUCGGACCCGACUUUAUUACCCGAGAAAGAGUAUCUCGUUUUUUUGGUAGAUGUUUUUUCUUUUCGUUGUUUUACAAAAACUUAAAAGUUGGAAAAAGAAGAAACAACAGUUGCAAGUGCUACAGAUCCAGUGCGGUUUCUUUUUUGUCUAUUGCUCUAAUGCAUCAAAAUAGCAUGCCUGUCUCCGUGUUUCAGCUAGCUUUGUCGUCAGUAGAAAGCUGAUAACGAAAUAUCGUGAACUGUUAGCGGGGCGCACCGUUGACGGGAACCAAUGAAACGGAAAGCUUUUUCUUUGUAAAAGGCUCGUUUCCAAAGCAACGCCUCAAACCACGCACUUCCUUAUUUAUCAAUUUUGUACAUAGUUUUGUAGCUCCGCCCCCUAUUCCCCAAUGCUUUGAUUUCUGUUGAUUUUUUGUAUAAUGGUCAAACCAUAUGCAUAGUUGCUGCCUGAUAUCUCCUCUGUCUCAGUAUGAUUGGCUGGUUGUAUACAUUUCUUUACAUUUUAGAUGAUCGUCUGUCCUAGUUUUUAUGUUUAUUUCAGAGACUUUCCAUGCAAAUAAGGUGGAACGGUUGCUCCUAAGAAGAUUCUGUACUUUAUUUUUUUCAAAUGCUUUGAUGGACCCAGAAGUCAAGUGAACAAGUCCAAUUUACAGUUAAAAAUAGGGUAAACUUAGUGAUAUGACUUGUCAACUAGGAGCUGCAUUUCAUAGUGUUAAAAUCAAUCAAACCGAAUUGGCAUGUUUUUUUUUAGUAUGACCUGCGAAGGUAUUAAACUCAAAAUAUGAAAAGCCAACAAAAGAAAACAACUUUUUUCACAUAUUACUGAGAGCAGGUGGAUAUCAGUCUAGCAUGGUGUGCAAAUCUAUGUAUUGCGCACGUAUACUUUAAUGACAUAUAUGGAUAAUUGUUUUGUGGAGGUGACAAGCCCAGGGCAAGCUAGCUAGCUAACUGCCCAGCGCUCCCAGUCACCACAGGCCGAUUCAAUGGUGCUUUUUGGAGGUUUUUGUAAUUUUGUGUAAGGAAAAAAAAAGAACUGUUCCAAAAUGACUUGAAUGAAUGUAUUUUUUUUUCUGUCGUUUAUGUACAUGAGAAAGAGGUGUAGCAGGGAGGCGUUCUGUUUCAAGAGUGAAGUGGUGGCCUUCAAUGUCAUUUUGUCUUUUUAAUUUUCUUUUAUUUUUAACUGAGCCUUUUACGUGUUAUGUUUUCAUAUUUUAUAUACUAACAUUGAAAAGAAGAAGAAAAAAAAAUAACCCAACAUUUUUGGAGAAAGGCACCUGUAUGUGCCAUGAAGAAGCAAGCCAUUAUAACUUGUACAGAAUUGUGUUGAAUGGCUUCAUUUAUAGGCCCGGACAGACAUGGUACCGCAUUCGAAUCCCCGAUCCUCCUCACCCCCUUUGAGUUUUAAUUGCACUUAACUUGGUUACCUUUCAAGGCAAAAGCACUUAGGCCCUCUAUCUUCCUUUUUAAAGUGCAACAUUAGAGUCCAACAAGCCACCAGGAUAUGUAAUGGACGGCAAUCUUGAAAUGUUUUCUGUUAAAAUGGCUGGAGAGAGUUUUGUCCGUCGGCAUUUCUGGUGGAGCAAGGGUCCGUCUUUAUGAAAUUGGCGAACACAAAUGAAUACAAAUUGCAUGAAUUAGACAGUGGAGGUCAAGCUCUCCCUGGGAAGCGAACAGUCCCAGGCUAAAUUGUUAUCGCCAACUUUGCACAGUGCUGCACUUUUGAUUAUGAGAAUAUGUAUUUAUCAAUACAAAUGGACUGUGCUGAAUAAGAAGUGUAUAUGAUAUAGGGAAACAUAGUACAAACUUUUUUUUGCUUUUUUUUUUUGCUUUACCCAUGACAGACAUUGCUCAUGUUCCCAAGUGGUCUUCAAGCCAAAAUGGUUUCUUUAUAUAAAUGUAAAGGGAUUUUUUUUUCAUCACCUUAUUGUUGCUCUUUUUAAUAACUUUUUUCUAAUGAUUCAUCGUUGAUUGUUUUUAUUUUUCUACAUCAAUCAUGUCAAAACGUUGAUCGGACAGAGGAUGCGCAUUCGUCAAGACCAAAAUGAUAAUUGUUCAUUUCCCUUUUUUAACGGGACAUGAUUUUAGGAUGGAAUCCGUCAUGGCCUUGUGUCUCUCCCCCCCCCCCUAAGCUAGUGUCAUCGGUUCUAGUGACCUCUCGCUCUCCCUCUCUUUCUUUCCCUCCAAUACAUCUGCUUACUCGUCCCUGAUUAAUUUGAGAUCUGCGCUAUCUUUUGUACUCUGGUGCCACUUGGUGGAUCGGAGGGCUUCUGUGAAUGAGUCAAACUAAUUAUCAGGGUCCACAAAAGAAAGAAGAUAAGAGGCGAGUGGGUGGGUGGUGGGGGAGAAAAAAAUGAUGUGUCCACUUUGACACUAUUUAAUCAUCUGCCUUCUUUUUAAUACUGCGUAAUCGCUAUGUAAUCAAAAUGGCUGCACUCUCCUCUCCCCUCCCCCUCCUCCCACAAUUUCGAGUUUAAUAUCCGAAAAACGGUAACAGGGCUUGGUCCUUCUUAAAGAGACAGUAUUUCUCAGCGCUUAUCCUCUGUUCUGUGUGAGUGUACGCAGCCGACUGACACAGAUCUGUUGGGGUUGUUGGGGGGUUGGGGAGUUGAAUUAUAACUACCUUUCGGCACCCACAGUAUGAUUGCUCUCUGCCUCGCUCCUUCCAUCUCCCUCUUUCUUUCGCUCCGUUUUUUUUACCACUUCAUGGCUUUGAAGUCUCAACUAAUUUCCUUGGUUGCAUUUAGUUUUGCUUUUUUUAGUACUCCACCGCACAGUCUACAAUCAUUUAGCUUUAAGUUUGGCUGUAUUUUUCAAAUUAGAACUGGCUCGAUUAUCAUUGUCAUUAUCUUUUGGCACUGGGUAAAAAGACAUUGGUAUGUGCUGUAUAAAGCUUUUCUUUUGUAUUACUCCAUUGGUAGGGCUGUACAGGGUUGUUUGUGAUGAUAACUGGUAAAUAGAUCAUUUGUACUUAUUUGGUUUUUUUUUGUAUUUGUUUUCAUUUGGCAUUAUUUUAUGUUCAAAUUGCCAGAUCUAAAUGUAACAGGAUUUGAAAGUAAAGCUUACAUCAGAUAUCUGCUCUCCGUGUUAU